AGUUACUUUCCACCUUGGCGGAGGGUGCAGCGGCUCACGGCACGCUUGCAGCAAAGCAACCGCAGGCUCUUCUGAAAAAGGAUGUUUGAGUCGUCUAACAGCGAUCUCCAACAUGUCAGGAUCCGUUAUCACUUUGUGGCGCGCAAUGCCAACGAGCUCUCCGUGCAGCAGGGCGAGGUGCUGGAGACCUUGGAAAACAAUAAACAGUGGUGGCUGCUGAGGAACCGCAGCGGUCAGUCAGGCUACGUGCCGUGUAAUGUACUAGAAGAGGUCAAACCAGGAGAGCCACAGUACAACCGUGCUGCUCUCUUCAACAGCCAGGCUGUGAAUCCUUACAAAGGUACCUCUGCUGGCCCUGUAAAUCACGCAGAGGUUUUGGAGAUGAAUAAAUCCUCCCGGGAUAAAGAUAAUCGCAACCAACAGAAGGAGGUAAAUGAUGAACUGCUGAAGAGGAUAACUGACAACAAGGCCCAGCCACCAGCUCGAAACUUUCGGGUGGAGCGCUCAAGUUCAUCCGUGCCCAUCACGUAUGAAUCCCAGCCCUUUGAGGUCAAUGCUUGGCUCAACGCAAAGGGAUUCUCCAGACCGGUGGUGGAAUGUCUGGGUAUUCUGAACGGGGCUCAACUAUUUUCUCUCAGUAAGGAUGAGCUGAAAGCCGUGUGCGGGGACGAGGGUUCCCGUGUCUUCAGUCAGCUCAGUGUGCAGAAAGCUCAAUUAGAGAGGGGUCGUGGAGAUACAGAGCUACAGGAGAUCAUGAGGCGACGACAACAGGAGGUGGAAGGCUCAACCUGGGACUGAUUACAGUCAAUCAAGCCGUCACUCAUGGCCUUAUUUCAUCACAUUUUCUUCAGUACUCUUGUUCACCCUACAAUCAACAGCCACCCAGAGGGAUUCAGAACAGAUGGACUAAACAACUCCAAUCAUUACUGAAGCCUAGUCCUGCCCAUUUCCUUUAUGACCUGCACAAUGGAGUGCUUAACAUACUAGUGCUUAAACUGAUGAACAUGAAUGCAUUGAGAAUGAAGUCUUUAACCUCCAUUUAUACAGAUGAAAAUGAUUUUGAUAGCAGGCCUUGACUUAUGAUUGGUGCUGUUAAAGAGAUAGUUCACCCAAGAAAAAAUAAAAUGUUGGCAUUAUUUUAUUUCAAAACCUAUUUGCA